AUGAUCGAGGACCUCCUUGAAAGCACCGCGCACAUCGCUAUGGCCGCGUUUAGUAUUACCAGAUCUCGUGUAAAGGCAAUUGAUUUUACUGAUCCCUACUUUUUCUCUGGGUUUUCCAUCUUAGUGGCGGACCGCGUACGCGAUCCACAUAUGCAAGCUUUUCUCGAGCCAUUUUCCAUUGGGGUCUGUCCCUUGAAUUUGUCUUCAUACUUUUUAGUUCCUCAUCAUUCACAUCGUCCUUCUUAUUUCCUCAUUUUUCCCUUCAGCAUAUUAGUUCCCCACUUUUUCCUUAAUCAUUUCCUCAUCUUUCCCUUCAUCCAUUUUUGUUCCUUAAAUUUUCCUUCAUUUUAUUUAGUUCCUCAUUUUUCCCUACAUCAUUUUGAUUCCUCAUAUUUCCCUUCAUCCAUUUUAGUUCCUUAUGUUUUGCUUCUCUUUUUUAGUUCCUCAACUUUCGCUUCAUCCUUUUUAGUUCCUUAUGGUUUGCUUCAUUUUCUUACUUCUUCAUCUUUCCCUUCAUCCAUUUUAUUUUCUUACUUCUUCAUCUUUCCCUUCAUCCAUUUUAGUUCCUUAUCCUUUUCAUUCCUCAUUUUUCCCUUCAUCCGUUUUUGCUCCUUAUGUUUUGCUUCAUUUUUUUGGUUCCUCAUCUUUACCUUCAUCCAUUUUACUUCUUUAUGUACUGCUUCGUUUCCUCAUCUUUCCCUUCAUCCAUUUUAUUUUCUUACUUCUUCAUCUUUCCCUUCAUCCAUUUUAGUUCCUUAUGUUUUGCUUCAUUUUUAUAGUUCAUCAUCUUUCCCUUCAUCCAUAUUACCUUUUCAUUCCUCAUUUUUCCCUUCAUCCAUUUUAGCUCCUUAUGUUUUGCUUCAUUUUUUUGGUUCCUCAUCUUUACCUUCAUCCAUUUUACUUCUUUAUGUACUGCUUCGUUACCUUAAGUUUUCCUUUAUCUUUUUUUCCUCAUUUUCCUUCAUCAUUCCCAUUUUCCCCUUCAUUUUCCUUUAUCUUUUUUCUUUUUGUUUUCUCAUUUUUCCCUUCAUCCAUUUUAGUACCUUCGUUUUUUCCUUUUCCCUCUUUUUUACUUCCUCAUUUUUCCUUCAUCCAUUUUCCAGUACCUUAACUGUCCUUUCGGACCCUUUUGUCAAAUACUUUGUAUUUAAUAAAAAAAAAAAAUAUCUUUUUUCUUUUUUAUAUGUCCUUCUUUCAUCCUCCUUUAUAUGGUUUGCGAGAACAUGGAAAAAGAAACAAAGAUUCCUUUUCUUUCUUUCCUUCCUUUUCUUUCUUUCUUUCCUUUUCUUUCUUUCUUUCCUUUUCUUUCUUUCUUUCCUUUUCUUUCUUUCUUUCCUUUUCUUUCUUUCUUUCCUUUUCUUUCUUUCUUUUGUUUCUUUUUGCUUAGUCCUUUUCUUUCUUUCUUUUUUUUUCUUUCUUUCUUUCUUUCCUUUUUUUCUUUUUUUCUUUCUUUUCUUUCUUUCUUUCCUUUUCUUUCUUUCCUUUUCUUUUGUUCCUUUUCUUUCUUUCCUUUUUUCUUUCUUUCCUUUUCUUUCUUUCCUUUUCUUUCUUUCCUUUUCUUUCUUUCCUUUUCUUUUUUUUCUUUCUUUCCUUUUCUUUCUUUUGCAUUCUUUCUUUCCUUUUUUUUCCUUUUUCUUUCUUUCCUUUUCUUUCUUUCCUUUUUAUUUUUCUUUCCUUUUUCUUUCUUUCCUUUUCUUUCUUUCCUUUUCUUUCUUUCCUUUUCUUUUCUUUCUUUUCUUUCUUUCUUUUUUUCUUUCUUUUUCUUUUCUUUUUCUUUCCUUUUUUUUUCUAUUUCUUUCUUUCCUUUUUCUUUUUAAUUCCUUUUUCUUUCUUUCCUUUCUUUUUGCAAAUUUAAAUUCUUUUCUUUUUUUCCUUUUCUUUCAGUUUUCUUUCUUUCCUUUUCUUUCUUUCCUUUCUCUUUCUUUUCUUUUUUUUCUUUUCUUUUCUUUCUUUCCCUUUUCUUUCUUUCCUUUUCUUUUGCUUCCUUUUCUUUCUUUCUUUUCUUUCUUUCCUUUUCUUUCUUUCCUUUUCUUUCUUUCCUUUUAUUUCUUUCCUUUUCUUUCUUUCCUUUUUUUCUUUCCUUUUUCUUUCUUUUUCUCUUUUCUUUCCUUUUCUUUCUUUCCUUUUUUUUCUUUCCUUUUCUUUCUUUCCUUUUCUUUUUUUCCUUUUCUUUCUUUCCCUUUUUUUCUUUCCUUUUCUUUCUUUCCUUUCUUUCUUUUUUUUCUUUUCUUUCUUUCCUUUUCUUUUUUUCCUUUUCUUUCUUUCCUUUUCUUUCUUUCCUUUUCUUUCUUUCCUUUUCUUUCUUUCCUUUUCUUUCUUUCUUUUCUUUCUUUCCUUUUCUUUCUUUCCUUUUCUUUCUUUCCUUUUUUUUUCUUUCCUUUUCUUUCUUUCCUUUUCUUUUCUUUCCUUUUUUCUUUCUUUCCUUUUCUUUCUUUCCUUUUCUUUCUUUCCUUUUCUUUCUUUCCUUUUCUUUCUUUCCUUUUCUUUCUUUCCUUUUCUUUCUUUCCUUUUCUUUCUUUCCUUUUCUUUCUUUCCUUUUCUUUCUUUUCCUUUUCUUUCUUUCCUUUUCUUUUAAUUCCUUUUCUUUCUUUCCUUUUCUUUCUUUCCCUUUUCUUUCUUUCCUUUUCUUUCUUUCCUUUUCUUUCUUUCCUUUUCUUUCUUUCCUUUUCUUUCCCUUUUCUUUCUUUCCUUUUCUUUCUUUCCUUUUCUUUCUUUCCUUUUCUUUUUUUUCCUUUUCAUUUCUUUCCUUUUUUUUUUUCCUUUUCUUUCCUUUUUCUUUUCCUUUUCUUUCCUUUCUUUCUUUCCUUUUCUUUUCUUUCUUUUCUUUCUUUCCUUUUUUCUUUUAGACUUUCUUUUUCUUUCUUUCCUUUUCUUCUUUCCUUUUCUUUCUUUCCUUUUUUUCUUUCCUUUCCUUUUCUUUCUUUCCCUUUUUUUUUUCCUUUUAUUUUCUUUCCUUUUCUUUCUUUCCCUUUUCUUUCUUUCCUUUUCUUUCUUUCCUUUUCUUUCUUUCCUUUUCUUUCUUUCCUUUUCUUUCUUUCCUUUCUUUUCUUUCCUUUUCUUUCUUUCCUUUUUUUUUCUUUCCUUUUUCUUUCUUUCCUUCUUUCUUUCCUUUUCUUUCUUUCCUUUCUUUUCUUUCCUUUUUUGUUCUUUCCUUUUCUUUCUUUCCUUUUAGCGUCUUUCCUUUUCUUUCUUUCCUUUUUUUCUUUCCUUUUCUUUCUUUCCCUUUUUCUUUCUUUCCUUUUCUUUCUUUCCUUUUCUUUCUUUCCUUUCUUUUCUUUUUCUUUCUUUCUUUCUUUUUCUUUUCUUUCUUUCCUUUUCUUUCUUUCCUUUUUUUUUCUUUCCUUUUCUUUCUUUCCUUUUCUUUCUUUCCUUUUCUUUCUUUCCUUUUCUUUUUCCUUUUCUUUCUUUUUCCUUUUCUUUCUUUCCUUUUCUUUCUUUCCUUUUCUUUCUUUCCUUUUUCUUUUUCCUUUUUCUUUCUUUCCUUUCUUUCUUUCCUUCUUUCUUUCCUUUUCUUUCUUUCCUUUUCUUUCUUUCCUUUUUAGUUUCUUUUUCUUUUCUUUCUUUCCUUUUCUUUCUUUCCUUUUCUUUUCUUUCCUUUUUCUUUCUUUCCUUUUCUUUCUUUCCUUUUUUCUUUCCUUUUCUUUCUUUCCUUUAUUUCUUUCCUUUUCUUUCUUUCCUUUUCUUUUCUUUUCUUUCUUUCCUUUUCUUUUCUUUUUCUUUUCUUUCUUUCCUUUUCUUUCUUUUUCUUUUCUUUCUUUUCUUUCUUUCCUUUUCUUUCUUUCCUUUUCUUUCUUUCCUUUUCUUUCUUUCCUUUUCUUUCUUUCCUUUUCCUUUUCUUUCUUUUCUUUUUCUUUUUCUUUUCUUUUUCUUUCUUUUCUUUUCUUUCCUUUCUUUUCUUUCCUUUUCUUUUCUUUCCUUUUUUUCUUUUUUUUCUUUUUUGAUGUUAGUCUUUCUUUUUUUUUCAUUUUUUUUCUUUUUUCUCUCCUUUCUUUCUUUUUUUUCCUUUUUUUUUCUUUUUUUUUUUCUUUUUUUUUAUUUUUUUUUUUCUUUUCUUUUUUUUUUUCUUUCCUUUUUCUUUUUUUCUUUUCCUUUUUUUUUUCUUUCUUUCUUUUUUUUUUUUCUUUUCUUUUUUCUUUUCUUUUCUUUCUUUUUUUUUCCUUUUUUUCCUUUGUCUUUUCCUUUUUCUAUCUCUUUUUUUCCUUUUCAUUUUUUUUUUUCUUUCUUUCUUUUUUUUUUUCCUUUUCUUUUUUUUUUCUUUUCUUUCCUUUUCUUUCUUUUUUUUCUUUUUCUUUCCUUUUUCCUUUUUUUCCUUUUUCUUUUUUCUUUCCUUUUUCCUUUUUCUUUCCUUUUUCUUUCCACACAAUUCUUUUUCAGUUUAGUCUAUUCUUUCCUUUCCUUUUUUCACUUUGUUUUAUUUCCCUCUUUCUCUUUCUUUCUUUUUUCCUUUCUUUUUCCUUUCUUUCUUUCUUUCAAUCAAAACAGUUUAGUCUCCUUUCUUUCCUUUCACAUUCUUUUUUUUCUUUUUUUCUUUUUCUUUCUUUCCUUCUUGAAACCAAGUUUUUCCUUUCUUAUGUCUUUCCACACUUUUCUUUCCUUUCUUUAUUUUCUUUCUUUUUUGUCCUUUUAAACUCUUUCUUUCUUUUUCUUUCUUUCUAUCUUUUUUUUCUUUCUUUUUUCUUUCUUUCUUUUUUUCUUUCUUUCUUUCUUUUCUUUUUCCUUUCUUUUCCUUUGUCUUUCUUUUCUUUCUUUCUCUUUCUUUUAUUUCUUUUAUUUUUCUUCUUUCUUUUUCUUUCUGUUUUUCUUUCUUUCUUUCCUUUUUUUUCCUUGAAACUUUUCCUUUUUUGGCUUUCUUUUCUUUCCACACAAUUUCUUUCCUUUCUUUCUUUCUUUCACAUUGUUUCCUUUUUUUCUUUCUUUCUUUUUCUUUCUUUCUUUCCUUUUCCUUUCUUCUUUUUCUUUCCUUUCUUUCCACUUUCAAUCUUUUUUUCUUUUUUUCUAUUCUUUUCUUUCUUUGACACAUUUUUUCUUUCUUUUCUUUCUUUCUUUCUUUCUUUCUUUUCUUUUGAUCUUCUUUCUUUCAAAACAGUUUCUUUCUUUUUCUUUCUUUUAGUAGUUUCUUUCUUUCUUUUUUUUUCUCAAAACCAAUCUUUCUUUCCAUUUUUCUUUCUUUCCUUUUUCAUUGUUUAUUUCCUUUCUUUCUUUUCCUUUUUCUUUCUCCAAUUUUCUUUCUUUCUCUUUGACACAUUCUUUUUUUUUCUUUUUUCUUUUUUCCUUCUUUUCUUUCUUUCUUUCUUUUUCUUUCUUCUCUUCAAUCAAAACAUCUUUUUAUUUUUUUUUUCUUUUCUUUUUCUUUUCUUCUCUUUCCUUUCUUUCCUUUCUUUCUUUCUUUCUUUCUUUUGUCUUUCCACACAAUCUAUAUUCUUUCUUUCUUUUCUUUCCUUUGAAACUUUAGUUUCCUUGAUAUGUCUUUCCACACAAUCAAAACAGUAUAGUCUUUUAUUUAUUUCUUUCUUGUUUCUUAUUAAACUCUUCUUUCUUUCCUUUCUUUCCUUUUUCUUUCCAAUUUUAAACUCUUCUUUCUUUCUUUCUUUCUUUCCUUUUUUCUCCUCCCUAGUCUUUCCUUAUUAUUUCUUUCUUUCUUUCUUUCCUUUCUUUCCUUCUUUCUUUCCAAGUCUUCUUUUCUUUUCUUUCUUUUUUCCACACAAUCAAAACUUUCUUCUUUAUCUUUCUAUUUUUUAUGAGCUAUUUUCACAUUGUUCUUUAAACUCUUCUUUCUUUCCUUUCUUUCCUUCUUUCCAAUAUAGUCUUUCCUUUCUUUCUUUCUUGACACAUUUUUCUUUCUUAAACUUUCUAUCUUUCCCUUUCUUUCCUUUUGAAACCAAGUCUUUUUUCUUUCUAUGUCUUUCUUUUUUUUUUCAAAACAUGAAACCAAGUUUCUUUCUUUUCUUAUGUUCUUUCCACACAAUCAAAACAGUAUUCUCUUUAUUUCUUUCUUUUUUCUUGACACAUUGUAGUUUAAACUCUUCUUCUUUCCUUUCUUUCCUUUCUUUUUUUUCUUUCUUUCCACACAAUUUCUAUUCUUUUUCUUUCUUUCUUUUUUUCUUUCUUUCUUUCUUUCACAAUCAAAACAGUAUUUUCUUUCUUUUUCUUUAUUUCUUUUUCUUUCACAUUUUAGUUCUUUCCUUCUUUCUUUCUUUCCUUUCUUUCCUUCCUAGUUUUCUUUCCAAUUUCUUUCUUUCUAUCUUUCCUUUCUUUCCUUUUCUUUCUUUCUUUCUUUUGAUAUGUCUUUCCACACAAUCAAAACAUGAAACCAAGUUUCUUUUUCUUUCUUAUGUCUUUUUCACAAUCAAAACAGUUAGUCUUUUAUUUAUCUUUCUUUCUCAUUUUCUAUUAAACUCUUUCCUUUCCUUUUUCUUUCUUUCUAUCUUUUUUUAUUUCUUUGACACAUUCUUUUCUUUCUUUCUUCUUUCUUUCCUUUCUUUCUUUCUUUCUUCAAACCUUUAUUUUAAACUCUUCUAUCUUUUUCUUUCUUUCCUAGUUCUUUCUUUCUUUUCUUUCUUUUCUAUGUUUUUUUUCAAUCAAUCAAAACAUAUUCUUUUUUUUCUUCUUCUUUCUUUCCUUUCUUUCUUUCUUUCCACACAAUCAAAACAUUUCUUUUCUUUCUUAAACUUUUCUUUUUUUCUUUCCACACAAUUUUCUUUCUCUCUUUUUUUUUUCUUUCUUUCUUUCUUUUUCCUUUCUUUCUUUGAAACCAAUUUUCUUUUUCCUCCUCUUUCUUUCUUUUUCUUUCCUUUCUUUCCUUUCUUUCUUUUGACACAUUCUCUUUCUAAACUCUUUAUUUCUUUCUUUCCUUUCUUUUCUUUCUAUCUUUUUUUUUCCUUUCUUUCUUUUCUAUGUCUUUCCACACAAUCAAAACAUUUCCUUGAUAUUCUUUCUUUUUUCCUUUCUUUUCUACAGUAUAGUCUAUUCUUUUUCAAAACAUUAGACAUUAUUUAUUGUUGA